UGGCUGUACAUCUCACAUCGCUCCUAGCUCAUCACUAGAGCAGCCGCAGCUACUCAUAUACUUUGGACCAUGGCUCCUACAAGCGUUCCUGUGGACCAUCUUUCCCCAAAGGAAAAAAACAAACUAAGAAAACCCAUUGUGGAGAAGAUGCGUAGAGACAGAAUCAACAGCAGCAUUGAACAUCUGAAGGCUCUCUUGGAAAGGGAGUUCCACAAACAGCAACCCAAUGUCAAGCUAGAGAAAGCUGAUAUACUGGAGAUGGCAGUCAAUUACUUACAACAACAAAAAAAUCAACAUCAAACGGUCAGCAUGGAACAUUUACAACGGGAUUACAACCGAGGAUAUUCCUGGUGUGUUACAGAAGCGUUGCGGUUCCUGUGCCAUUAUCCGGAAAGUGGAGAGGCUCAGAAAAAGUUGCUUAACCACUUGACCGUGCCUCAAAAGGUUCCCGUCUUUCCUUAUCUUGCGUCUUCCAGCGAUUCAAAGCAAGCCACGGCAUCAAGUAGCCCAGUCAAGAUAUGGAGGCCUUGGUGAUGUGGUCUGGACUCUACAACCAAAGAGGGACAGAUAUGGCUUAAAAUAAGUCACGUGGACCUCUGUCGGUACGGAACUGUGUUCAUUUUUCAUCAGUAUGCUUGGAUACAGCAACAAAAAACUUAACAGCAGCAAAGACUGUGAAGCAUCCGGUUAUCCCUUGGGAUUACAGUAUAACACCUCUCUUUGAAGAGAGAGACAUCUCUGUAACUUAAAAAGGACUCAGAGACGUUAACCUUUGCAAGGUUUUUUAAAUGUGUAUUAUUUGUGAUAAUGUUCAUGCUUAUUUGAUUUCUCUGUACCAAGUACUGAGGUUCUAUAUUUGUAGAUGUGGUUUAUAUUAUAAUAAUAAUAUAAUAUAGGGGAGCAUUAGACAACGUAAGAAGCGUCAUCUGCUCCAUCUCCUUCAUUAGGAAAAAGUAACUUCUAAGAAGUGAAAAAAAGUCUUAUUUUCUAUAAUAUUUGUGAUUUCUUAUUCUUAUUUGUAGUAAUCCUAAUGGGAAAAACAAGAAUUGUAAAUGACUUUUCUCAUCUGUUCUCAAUGCAUUUGUUUAACAAGUGCUUUAACCUACAUUUCCUCAAGAAAUGCCCAAGUAUAUAGCAAUGCUAUUGGCAUCUAGCCAAGAAGGACUUUAUUCUGUGGAUCGUUUGAUUUUAGUCUCCUGUAGUCUACAGAAUGAAGUCCUAACUUAGUAUGGAGCAAGCUUGCUCUGGAAGCUCUUGUUGAACUACAAGAACCAGCCUGCCUUGCUAGAAGUUGUAGUUUCACAACAGUAAGACUCGGUUCACACUGGGGCGACUCGCCAGGCAACGCAGCCACCUGACAAGUCUCGU